UAAGUAACGAUUCUAUAUUAAGGAAAAGCGGAGCACUUAUCUGACCACCGUCUGGCUUCAGUAAGAUAGUUCUAUUGAUGAGUUUUUCACAUAAAGAUAUUCGAACGGUAUCGUGUCACCCGAACCCUUUCGGUUUGCCGUCGAGUCUGCGAGGAUGAUGACGACGACGACGAUUUCCUGCUUGUUUUGAAGUGGUCGAACUCUGGUUAAUCUUAUACGGGUAUCUACAUUCAUUAAGAAUUGAACUGUUAGUAAAACAGCCGCAAUGCGUCGCUAAGGCUGAAUAUAUACUUAGGAUGUAAAUGUUUAAGAUUUCUGGAGUGUUAGUGCUAUCUUUUGCACCUUUUGUAGAUACAUUUUUGCGUUACUAGUUGUUGAGGGACCACAUUUUCCAAUUCUGAUAUGGCAAAUCGUUUACUUCUACUUCAUAAGUAGAUUCUUUCAUCGAAAGCGAGUACGAGAUUGAUCUUUUAUAGAUGGCGACAAAGAUAGUGGAGUUAGAUGUCGCUUAGUUGAAUAGAUGUGCUCUUCAGCCCGUAAAUAGGCGACUUUUGUGUCGCAUACGUUUGUCACGCUACAUGCCUCAAAACGAAUUGUCAACAUCACUAAUUUCGAAUACACAAACUUGCCAGACGCUGCUAAGCCACUUUAUCGGUCCGUUUCAAACUGCCUACAAGGUGAUGCUGUUCGUCCUUAACUGUACACUACUUAUUAAUGCGCUGCGUCUCUGCUCUGCGUCACCGUCAUUGACCAAGUACUUUCUUCUAGGCGCCGCAGAAGCAGUUAACAACAACAAUAACAACUACAACAACAAGAGCAACAAUAAGAGUCAGUAACCGUGGUCCCGUCCUUUCGAUUGCAUCCCAUGCAACAGCGCGGGCGCCCAGUCAGGUAAUUCAGUUGACUGUUGGCUGGUGGAGUAAAGCAGACCAGUGGCUGGUUUUGCCAGCCGCAUUCCGGGCCAAGGUUGGAUGAACGAAGCAAGCUGUUAGGCAAACAAGGCUGCCAACGCUCACGAGAGACGAUGCUAUAAGCAAUAGCUGGCUUCGCUUUACGAACCUCUAGUAGUGGUCACCGCUAGCAUCGCCGUUAUGAAAGCCGACGUUAGCAAAACCUUGUGGGCGGUGAAAGAACUCCGAACGGGCACGAUGAGGAUACUCGGACGAGGUUGCUGUCUCGCAGCUGCAUUCGGCGUUCGAGAGUCGGCGUUACUUAGGGCACAGGCAAGCAUAGCUGGGCGUCCUCUCAGUUUCGUUUAUCUGUACUUUCCUGUUUUCACAUUCUGUGAGACACAAGCAAAGCUACAGCUACUGUGCGACUAGCAACCAAUCUAGAUGGUGCUGUUAUAAAUACAGAUAAUAACAAAGAAGUCGGCGUCAGACAUUGACCGUACGAUGAUUUAACCACUCAGUCAUUACGAGUUAACUACCAGCAUUAGCAUAGACCGGGACUGUGCCCUUACACUGGUUAUUUAAAAAUCUGGUUUGCUGAGUGGCAUUUCUGACAGCUCGAGAAUGUCCAACGACUCCCCAGCUCCACCACCGCCGCCCCCGCCUCCACCCGGUUGGAAACCUAACUGGCGUGAAGAGCGCGGAAAGGAUGAGGUGAGCACGAUUAACACGAAUGUUGAACGCUCAGCUCCUAUUAAGAUCCCUGGAAUUGGCCCCGCUGCGGUAGCUGCCAACGCUUCUGCACCUCAGAGCCCGAAACCGACAAGCGGCUCAGGCCCCGACGGUUCAUUCACACAGUAUGAUCGUCUUCCCGAGAAACUUCAGAGCACGUUGUCGAAAGACAAGAAACCGUUUACCUAUACACCAGCUGGCAUUGAUCUUUCGGAAAUUAAAUCUCCAAACUUUCAGAAGAAGGUUAAUCGAGCUAAGCAACAGGGAGAGUUCAGCCCAGUCUGUGGCCCAGGCUCACCAGGUCUUAACGAAUACGGACAACAACCUCCCCUUUGGCCUGAAGACAUUCAAGAUAUCAGCGAGUACUGCAACAACCCUGCCGAGCUCGAUGAAUCGAUGACUAAUCCCCGAUAUACAGGAUCAAAGAUCCCUUCACGUUCUUUCAAGGUCCUUCAAGCUAUCACAGCGACGUCGGAUGAUGACUAUGCGAGUUCCCCUGAGCCCACCCACAACAAGCCAUUGGCUUCCAGCCCAAGAUCCGCUCCACCCCCACCGCCAACUCCUGCAUCACAUGCACCAACUAUUCCAGCAGUUCUGCCGGUUUCUUCAUCAUCUCCUUACGUCUCGACUCCUCCGUUGUUUAGUCCUAGUAGCUCGACAAGUUAUCCUCCUUCGAUGCCGCCCCCACCCUCAGCGCCUGCAUCGUUUUCUCUUUAUGGAGCCCCAUCGUCAGGAUCAUUUUCCUCGAUACCCCCACCUGUGCCUCCGCCACCGUCCGCCUAUCUUCCAUCUUCUUCGCCAACGUUUGCUUCAUCGUCACAGCUGUACUCACAGCCAACACCCAACUACAAGAAAGUCCCGCCUCCCGUGCCACCAAAACCUCCGCGCGGAGUUUUCCGCGACGGGGGGGUAGCGUCUUCGCUCCCGUCGACACCCCUUGCGUCUUCGAUGGCUCUUCCUCCGCCUUUCUCAUUUAGUUCUCGGGCUCCUCAGGCACCUUCGGCGCCUCCGGUGCAUCCGACAAAACCGCUGCCUUCGAACUCGUUUAGUAACGAAUACCCGACGCAAAAACAGCCAUUCUCUGAGCAGUUCUACCAGUCGACGGUGAACCCGGUUUUCAAAACGUACACGCCACCGCCAUCGGUUAGACAGACGGUCCGUUGCGGACCCGGCUUUAAGGAGACUGCAACACAUAAAACGGGAUCAGGAUUCGAAGAAACAACUACAUACUCAAGCUACUCGUCACCUUCGUAUAGUGAUGGGACACGGACACUGCCACUGCGACGCGAGAUAAAGAGCUCGACAAGCAAAUCGUCAUUCAAGUCGCGGCCCUAUUACGAAUCACCUUAUCAGACGUUACUGGAGACCCCACAAUUUCAGGAUCCCUUCAAGUUUGGCGGUUUGACGCCGAGUUAUACGAACUCAUAUGCUAAUCAGCUCAGUGUCAAUCAAGAGCGGUCUUCACCGUCGUUAGGGAACGAACCUGUCUUUGCCCCACUGCAGUCACCCCCGCCGCCGUUUCAACCUGGAAUAAAUCGGCAAAGCGCCACGACGAGCUCCUACGAACAAACGAUUCGACAAACCACAACAAACCAAAGCGAAAGGCCAUUGUCAAUGACCUCGAGAUUCUUCGACGAAAUCAACCAGAUGUUUGAUCAAACAUCCGCUAACAUAAGUCGCGAAAUGUACGGAACUGAUUUCUAAAGGGACUUAACGAGGAUACCAUGGGAAGAACAUCACUUUAGUCAUUCCUCACUUCAUCUUUACCUCAUCCAUUAGAUCGUCAUCAUUGUAGUUACGUCACAAGAAUUGAAUGGGUCACGGUGAAAGGAACGACAGACGGCGGAAAAGAUGAUAAUAAGUAGUCAGAAACACACACACACACCGACAAGUCAUUAAGAACCGUAUCUUCUUGUGAAUAGUCUCCUACGAAAAGACGCAGAUAAGGCAUGUUGAUCAUUGGACCGCUUGCAUCUCAGAUUUAGCUUCCAGCAGAGAUGGCCAGGAGAUGAAUUUCAGAGUUUUCCUCUUUUUGUAGGUCGAACAUCCACUCACUUUUCUAUUGCUCAUCGCCAGCGAAAAAGGGCUAUAAGUGGCUAUAAGGACUUAAUAUUUAGCAAAAAAGAAACUUUAAGCUUAAACCGUUUCAUUAGUUUAUAAAUACGCUCCAUUUUGUCGCAUAUCGCCCGAAGAUUUUCACCCAGCUUUUGUGUUGCGAGUGGGCCUUUGGGCUCAAGAUGAACCGUCGUAUAUAGACGUAGCAUUUGAGAUAAAAGGACCCAGCUUAGAAAAUCCAUUUUGCCUAGAAGUCAUCGGACUUUGCUUACACUAUACAUUCUUCGACACUGAUUGGAAAGGGCUGCAGCUCGUAUAAUCACAUAAUUCUGCAGAAUGCGCUCCGCUUCCUGGUGCCAUUAAUACCAACCAUCCUUAACAUUAAUUAGCCGAUCCGGACCGAUUGAUUCGAGGGCAGCUGGGCUAAAGUACAGUCUAUAUGAAACCUAAUUAUAAAAUACAAUAGUUAGGCUAAUAUAUUUGUUUAUUACAAGGUAAACGUUAUUAUACAGUUCAGUUGUUCAUUUUGUUUUAACAUGUUGGAAAUAAAAAUGAAGUCUUUAUGAGAAAAUUUAAUGUACUUUAUUUAUGUUGAAUACCCCUGACCUCCAUGAAUCUGAGAAACGAUUAUCUGUCUAUUUGUACGACGAGCUCCUUUACUCAAUUUAUAAAUAUAGUUGAUAUUUACAUGUAUUAGGGUUGUAUGUGUGUGCCGGCACGUUGACGGAAUAGAUCGCUGUUUGCUCCAGGGUCAUUUCCAUUGGCACAUACAUAUCAGUAUCUUGUAUGUAUGUCACGCAUGCGAACUAGUCAUUCCAUUUUUCUACAUAACACGCGUCUUGUUAAUAAUAUCAUAGACUGUACAUGUUGGGCAGAAUUGGGCUGGUAUUAGCGUGGGACGCAGGGGUUAGAAAGUGUCAUGAUGCCAUGGUUUCAAGAAAUGGUUCUAUGAUACAUCUUCGGUGUUUGCGUAACAUCAAUGCUUUAGUCAGACUCGAGUUGCCGGACCGAGCAAAGUACUUCAGGCGAU